AGCAUGUGCUUCAGCUAACAUGGACACCAUCUUGGUUUUCAGCCUAAUCAUUAUGUCCUAUGAUGUCAGCAAGAAAGAACUCAGAGAUAGCAACUGCCAUGUGGAACAGCUGCCCAGGCUCUUCCCAAAGGAUGUGAGAAGAAUCAGGGAUGUGCUCAUGCAAGAGGCUCAGGCAGAAGCCAAAAGGUCCACAUUCAUUCAAAACCAGACUGUGGCUACCCUGCAGUGCCUUGGCUCUGGGAGUAAAGUCAAAGUGAACCUUGUGUAUUCAGAGAAAAGGUCAAAGACCAAGCAUACUCUGAAGAACCUGAGAAUCACUGCUGCUCCCUCCAGAAACAGCACUGACUCCCCAAAUUGUCACUUAACCCCCACAUCCAAGUUUCAGACUGGAUUCCUUCUAACAGGCAAAGCUUUUUUACCAGGGAUCUCCCAAUGUAAGGUCUAUGCAGUGAGGAAGGCUGCAUCAGAGACUUUUCCCACCACCACCACCUCCAUUACUCCUGGGGAAAAAGGAGGUGAGAAAACUACAAGUACUGAUGAUUUUUCUAGCACUUUGAAACAAGACACAGAUGAGAACCUAAAGAAGAGGCAGAAAUGGAGCAUUGUGGUCAAAUUUCUGAUUGCUGUCACCCUGUUGCUCAGUGGAGUCACCAUCAUAGUGUUUGUCAUUUUUGAAGUCCCAUGCCUUCGCCAAUGCCGGGGAGCCAGAGUGCUAUGCCAAUGCCAGCAGUUGUGGAGAAGGCAAAGGAAGGAAGGCCAGCAACCUGGGGCUGCUGAAUCCCAGCUCGAGUCUCAGCCCAAGGAGAUUGGACAAGAUGCUCCCAACUCAUCAAACCCAAAAAAAGCUGCAGGGAUCACUAUCAUCCACGAGACAUACUUCUGAAAAGCUCUUUUCUGCUUCACACAUUGAAUGAAGUUACUGCACUGUCUUCUCCCUAUUAUUA